AUGUCCGCACCACCCACCACUGACAGGAAACGCAAACCCUCGACCACCACCCCCGACAGCAGCACCACCCCCGCGUCCAAACACCCCAAACUCACGCCCCCCACCACCACCGCCGCUGCCGCAAUGUCCACCCCGACCCCCAUGGCCCUCGCCGCCCAGCGCCGCGCCCACAUCCAGCAGCUCCUCAACGCGCAGGUCGCCAUGACCGAGGAGACAAAGCAAAAGUACAUCACGGGCCUCGACGGCCUGCGCAUGGUCGUCGAGACCAAGGGCCCCAACAGCGCCGAAGGCCAAGCCGCCCAAGCCCGCUACGACACCAUCGUCAACAGGCUCCGCGGCGCCGUGCGCGCCCAGCAGCAAGCCGCGCAGCAGCAGCAGCAGCAGCAGCAGCAAAACAACUUCCAGCCCCAGCAGCCCCAGCAGCCCCAGCAGCCCCAGCAGCAGCAGCAGCAGCCGCAGCAGGGCGGCGUCACCAAUGCGGGCCAGGCCACGCUCAACAGCAUCAUGGGCCCCAACGCACGCUCGACCUGGAUCCUGCCGCCCAACAUCACGCCGGCCGACGCGGACCGCUGGCGCACCGAGAUCCAGACGAAGCUCACGCAGGUGGGGCAGAAGAUGAAUGCGGCGCGCAACCAGAUCCAGCUGCUGACGCAGCAGUCGCAGCAGCCGGGGGUGACGCCCGAGCAGCAGCGCGAGAUCCAGGCCAGGAUUGCCGAGAGCACACAGCACUUUCAGCACUUUAAGGACGUCAUCAACAAGUUUGGGCAGCAGCAGAAGAUGCUGGCGGAGCAGAAGCUGCUCCAGCAACAGCAGCAGCAGCAGGCGCAGCUACAGCAGCAGCAGCAGAUGUUGCUGCAGCAGCAGCGGGCGGGACAGCAGCAGGCGCAGGCACAGGCCCAGGCUCAGGGCCAGCAGGGGCAGCAGGGGCAGCAGGGCCAGAUGGCCAUGCAGAAACCCGUGCAGCAAGGCGUGGUCCCGGAGGCACAUGCCGUGAACCAGCAACAGCAGGUGGCGGCGGCGAUGGCGCAACAGCAGCAGCAGCAGCAGCAGGCAAACAUUGCAAACAACAUCCAGCAGAACCCGCAGAACCAUCAUCCCCAGCAGCAGCAACCUCUCCAGCAGCCCACAGGCCAAAUGCAGCAACAACAGCGCCCACCGCAGCCCCAACAGCAGCAGCAGCAAGCCCAGAACCCCCAGCAGCAGCAGCAGCAGAACCCCGGCGUGGCCGUAGCAAAUGCCCAGCAGCAGCAGCACAUUGUGCCCCCCGCCGCAAGAGCCGACUCUCCACCGGGCCCGGCCCUCAACGCAGCCGCCAAUCGAGCCACCAUGUCCCCGGCAGCCCAGCAGCCGCCUCUCCAGCAGCAACAAGCACCGGCCGUCCAGCAGCAGCAGCCUCAGCAGCCCCAGCAAGCCCAGGCCCAAACCGUCGUCCGCCCACCAAUCCCGCAACCCACCGCGCAGCAACAACAGCAGCAGCAGCCCCCCUCGCAACAGCAACGCGCAUCAGUCCCCCCAGCACAAGCCGGCACACAACCCAACUCUCCCGCGCCCCGCGCCGGCUCCGUCCAACCCGCACGCCCCCCCACCGCCGCCGGCACCCCCGUCUCUGCAACCCCUCAACAACAACCACAAUCGCAGCAACAACAGCAGCAACAGCAACAGCAACAACAGCAGCAGCGUCUCCAGCCCGCAUCCUCCGCGUCAGUGGCGUCGCCAACAGCAUCCACACACCCAUCCCUCACCUCGCGCGACGCAGCGCUCCCAAGCCGCAGCGACAACGCGCAGGGCCUCCGCAAAGAGAUUCCGAAAACAUUUGCUGUCGUGCCGCCGCAGGCUGUUGUGAUGCCGCCUGCUAGACCCACGCUCUCCGGCGGGAUGAACUCGUCGGGCAACCAGAUGAUGAGUACGCCGGCGCUCGUGAAGCAGCCCGCCUUCGAGUUUGAUGAGGGCGGCAUGGGCCUGCUGAGUAAGAGGAAGCUGGAGGAGUUGGUCAAGCAGAUUGAUCCUGAGGAGAAGUUGGAUCCGGAUGUUGAGGAGUCCAUCCUCGAGCUCGUCGACGAGUUUAUCGACAACAUCGCCACCACGGCCUGCAAGAUGGCCAAGCUGCGCGGCUCCGACAUCCUCGACAUCAAGGACAUCCAGAUCAUCCUCGAGCGCAACUGGAACAUCCGCAUCCCCGGCUACGCCGCCGACGACAUCCGCACCGUCCGCAAGUUCAACCCGGCCCCCGGGUACCACCAGAAGAUGGCGGCGCUGGCCGCGCAGAAGUCGCUGAACCAGACGGCGGGGAAGGGGGGUGAUUAG